AUGUCUGCUGAAAAAGAAGAAUCACCACAAUCCUGGGAUGACCUAAUCAAAACGUAUCUUAGCCGACAAAGAUAUCAAUCACGUACAUGUAAAAUCUACAACAUUCAGCUACAAAACUCUUCCAACAGUCAAAAUACGACGUGUGUAUGUGGUCGACUAGCUCAACGUCAUAGUUUCUCUGGUGAAAGUCAUCAAUCGAUAGCUGUUCGAGAAGGUAAUCGACAAUGGCAACCACCGAAUAAGUUCCGUGACUUAGUGGAUGGUGUCAAAGUGCCAAUAAAUGUUUUCGGGCGAUUGAAAUCUACGAAUUGUAAAUUCGUACGAAUCAACAUUCAAACAGAACUGAAGGAUAUCUAUGAUUUGCUUGUCGUUGAUUGCAAAGAAUGUAAACCAAAACUUGUAUUAAGUGUGUUUGGUGGUGCAAAGUAUUUUACAAUGACCGAACGAUUAGAAAAGGAAAUCAUUCGAGGUAUAGUCGAUGCUGCCAGUGCGACAGAUACAUGGAUUUUAACUGCAGGAAUCAGUAAUGGCGUGUCAAAAUUAGUAGGUGAAGGUAUUUCACAUUAUCGUUUAUUGAGAGAGUAUCCAAAUCGAGUCAAAUGUAUUGGAAUGACAAUGUGGGGAACAGUCAAUGAAAGUACAAGAUUUGAAUUAAAACACUCGACCAAUAACUAUCCAAAAGAAGCACUUUAUCGACAGAUAUCUGAUACUAUUCAAGAAGAUAAAGAAACAAUCGAAUCAAAUCAUACACACUGUAUUCUCUUCGACGAUGGACGAUUGAAUGGUUAUCUUGCUGAUCGUGAGCGUAACGAAUUAGUUACACACGCAAGCAGUCAAACAAAUCAUACAUGUUAUGGCGUGACAAUCAUUGUCGAAGGAGGUCUUAACACACUCGAUGUGAUUGAAAAUGAUAUUAAAAAUCAUCGACCUAUCGUUUUGAUUGAAGGUAGUGGACGUUUAGCCGAUGUUCUUGCAACGUUAAUCGAGCAAUGUUCCAGUUUCGAAGACAAUGACCAAUGGACUUUGACUGAUGAUGAUAUCCGGAAGGUUAUCGAAUAUUUUCUUCCAAAUCCGCAUACGAUCGAUAUGCCACUCGCUAUUCAUCGAAUAAAACGGAUUUUACAAAAGAAAAAUCGUUAUCUACUGCAUGUUUUCUCAUUGAAUCGAGAUAAUAAUGUCGCUGAAACGAUAUUCCGGGCAAUUUUCGGUGAAACGACGAGGAGUAUUUUGAAUCCGUCAUUUGAUGAAAUUGUUUUUUUAGUUCAAAUUGAGACGACGGAAACUGACACUAUGAGCGAUCCGUUGACUCAAGCGCAAAGACGUCGGAAUGAUGAAGAUCGACUAAUUGAUCUUGCCGUGGAAUGGAAUUACUUCGAUGGUGUUUUACCAAUAUUAAAAUCACGUGCAGAUGAGAAAUUUCAUCAAGAUCACACUUCUCCGGAUAUAUAUUUAAAACGCGAAAGAGAACUAUUUCAACGAUCGAUAGAAAAAGAUCGUCCAUUAUUUGUGGAAUACUUUCUAGCUGCUAUGUUUGAUCCGAUAAUUCUGAUUGGAUCCGAAAACACAUCUGAACGUCAUCGAAUUCUCUCCAAUCUAUAUCGAGUUUGCCAUGACCAAAUGGAAAGAAAUCAGAGACGAUAUAUCUCAACUUUAUUCGGCGACAUUACCACGAACACCGUCGAGCAACUCGACAGACGGCUAACGAAGUUCAUUGGUUCUUUCAUUGAACCAAUUUACACUGGUGAAAGAGACACGAUCCGACAGCGUGUCUGUAUCGAUAUCAAGGAACUUCUAUGUCGUUUUUGUAAUGUUACUCAAACGAGAGAUCAUCAAGAAUACCAAAAUCGAUACACUAAAGACCAAUCGUUACGCGAUCUAUUCUUCUUGGCAGUUUUUAUGGACAUGACCGAAAUGGCAAAAACUCUCUUGAUUCAUCUACCCUCACGUAUCUGUGGAGCACUGAUUGCUUCAGCUAUAUUCAAACGUUAUGCGAAGUUAUCAUCGACUGUUUAUCUGAAAAAUAAAUUCGAAGAUCAAGCGUUAGAAUUUGAAACUUACGCAGCAUUUUGUACCGAUAAAUGUUAUGAAUAUGAUGAACGAAUUGCGUGUGAGUUGCUUCUACGGCAAAUACCGCUUUUUGGUAAUGUAACAUGCAUGCAGGUGGCGAUUUCGAGUCAAAGUGGAAAAUUACUUAAUACAGCAUGUUUUGAUCAAGCGUUGAAUCAAGUUUGGUAUGGCAAGUUGUCUAUUACUAAUUACCCACCAUUUUUGAUAGCUUAUCGAGCGCAUGAAUCGGAAGUCAACGAUGAGUCUCUAUCAUCGGUUGGGAUUAAUUAUUACAGCGAGAGAGACGUUUGGACAGGAAAAGCAUGGAAAAAGUACUGGUUACGUUUCAAAUAUUUUCAUCAAUGUCCUAUGGCGAAAAUGGUUUAUCAUUUUGCAAGUUACAUCUUUUUCCUACUGGUGUUCAGCUACAUGAUGCUUUAUCGUUUGGAUCCUCCGGGAACGUUUGCUAUUCCCCAUUGGACUGAAAUCUAUGUUAUUAUCACCGUUUCAACGAUGUUCUGUGAUGAAGUUCGAAAAUUAUAUCAUGAAUACAAAACACGAAUGACUGAACAAUGGGGUUCGACAGGAUCGGCUUUGUUGACACUCUUAUCCAUCGGGUUUUACAUUGUUCCGUAUUUUUUGUUUUAUUUCGGUUUAAUAUUUCGCUAUCGGGGUUAUGAUGAGGGUUUGAUUACUACAGCAAGAAUUAUUUGGGCAUUUGAUUUGGAAUUAUGGUAUCUUCGAUCUUUAAAGUUCACCAUAGCUUUAAAAUCAAUCGGACCGAAAUUAUUCAUGUUAAAAAACAUGCUUCAAGAUCUAUUCGCAUUUGUUUACAUGAUUUUCAUUGCCAUCGCUGCCUAUGGUGUUGUAUCACGUGCAUUGAUACUUUACAAACAAGUACCUUUUACAAUUCAUGCUAUUUUUAAAGAAAUUUUCUAUGAACCAUAUUGGUUCAUCUACGGAGAAGUGUCAGAUAAAGAUUUACUUGAUAAUAUAAUUCAAACCGAUUCUGAUUCGGCUGCAGCUGAAGCAACUGCUACACACGUGAUAUUGGCAUUUCAUAUGUUGUUUAUAAAUAUCCUCAUAUUGAAUUUACUCAUUGCUGUUUUUUCUCGUUCCAUUGAUAAAGUUCAAGACAACACCGAAUUCUAUUGGCGCUAUCAACGUUACACAUUUGUUCGUGAAUAUUUCGAACGCCCUCCACUCGCUUAUCCACCACUCAUCUUCUUCACACAUGUUAUACUCCUUUGUCGUGCGGUUCGUCGUCAACUUUGUUCAAAAUUGUGCCGGAAUCGAGUUGGAGACGAAAAUGUCGAGUCGACAUCAAGUAUUCUAACAUCGAUAUUUAAAAUGGUCCCUGUUGAGAGAUUUCAUUUGAACGAAAAAUGGAAUGUCUUCGAAAAUGCCGCUACGCACAGUUACGCUCGUUCAAUUUUAGAAAGAAAUAAAAAGAAACGAAGUUUGACAAUCGAUGAUAGUCAAUCGAAAAGAAAGACAACGACGGAAUCAAAUACGAAUAAACAAGCAAUCCCUGAUGAACGACAAUCAAUACCGACUUGGCAGGAAGAAGUCACGACGUUAAAAUCAAUACUUUCCAAUACGCAAAAGAAUCUCGAUGAGAACAAUGCACGAAUGGAGAAAUAUGUCUACGAUAUAAAUAAAUCACUUGAUUGGAUUAUGCAAGCUAUUGCACGAGUGAAAAUGAACGAUCCGACAAAACCACCAGUGACAAUGAAUCUUGACGCACCCGUUAUUCAACGACGUUUAUCAAUAACUGCUCCAAAUGCAAUAAAUCCUGACUAG